GCGACCGUCAACGCUACCGCUACAUCCCACAACCCUCUCUCCCCGCUGCCGCCACUUAGACCGUUUACCGCACCGGACGAGAUGCUCCACUCCGCCCGCCUGCUUACACAUAAGACCCCCUUUGCUCCAACGUCUUCUGUGCACCUGAACCACCGCUUUUCUAUCCCACGAAAAUCUCCGUCAUGUCGAGUAUACACCGAGAACAGAACUUCUGCGAGUGCCUAAACUACUAUGUUCGAGCGCGCGGACCUGACGACGUCCGAGUUACAACUGCUGGUGGAAGUGGGAUACUGGCUCCCGGCACUCAUUCACGGCGGAGGGAUGUGCGCGCAGAUGGCCACCUUGAAGAGACUGGUGGCAUAAUCCAGUUGGUUUCCCUACCGGCCGGACUACCGCAUCGAAUCAUACUUGUUCACCCUGAUCUUCUAAGCACCUUCGGAUACUCGCGAGGACAAAGCCUAGGGACACUAGGUGACCCUGAUUUCUAUUUGCAGCUGGCGGAUUGGCUGCUCGCUUGCCUCCCCAUCCUCUCGGGAUCAAUACCACAAAAAGGCGCCAUAGUCCGGAUAGAGAUAAUAGACGGAGAGGAGACUAUGGCGCCUUCGCCCGCCUCCGGAGAAGCUACCCUGUCUCUCGAAAAGAAGAUGGUGGAUGGGGACAUGCUAGGCAAAGAAGGGAAGGCUGAAUGUUCGAUAUGUAUGGUCAAUGUGGAGUUGGGUAGCGAAGUGACCGUCCUUCCAUGCAAUCACUGGUUUCACGGUGACUGCGUGACAAGAUGGCUGAAACAACGCGACAGUUGCCCUCACUGCCGGAAACCCAUAACCAAACCGGAAGAUCGAGC